AUUACCGACGUUAGCCCGCUAUUGGAGGUGGGCCCGUUUUCAAAUUGACGUCUGUUCAUCCAGUUUCUGGCUGGGUGUUAAUGCUCUGUUGGCAUCCUCUUCAUCACUGCUUCUAGUUUGUCUUCUUGAAAAGAUCCCUUAACAAGUCUUCAACAAGUUCUGAAUAGAAGAGUCAUUAAGGGUCCCCGCCUCCACGUGACGUUGCCAUUAGCGGAAAUAGACAUAAAAUAUCAGAAAUGGCGACGAACUAUAAAGAAGACGCGUCACGUCACAAAGAUACAGCUGGGAAUGACAAAGAAGCUUUAACGUGCUCUGUUUGUUUAGAAAUUUAUGAAAAUCCUAUGCGCGUCGAGUGCAGUCAUGUAUUUUGCAAGGCUUGCCUGCUUGCAUUACAGAGGCCAAAAAAACCAAUUUGUGCAGUGUGUCGUUCUCCCCUAAAGGGAGGAGCUAAAGCUGUUGAAAUUGAGAGGAAACUAGAAGUAACUCCAACAAGCUGCAGUGGCUGUGGAACUCAGGUUUAUAUGAAAAUGUUGCGUUCCCAUAAUGCAACAUGCCCGAAAUACAGGGAGUUUAUUUCUGAAGGUGUGAAAGCAUCCAUGAAGGAUCAGCAUCCCAGCCUUAGCAAUGUCCCGAAUCGCUUUACAUUUACCUGUCCAUACUGCAAUGCUAAAAACUUGGACCAAGAUAGCUUGAUUGAGCAUUGCAGUACAAACCAUACAGGAGAAUAUGGAAGAAUGGUUUGCCCAAUUUGUUCCUCCAUGCCAUGGGGUGACCCGAACUUCAAAAGUGCAAACUUGAUACAACAUUUGAAAAUUCGUCAUAGGUUUUCAUAUGAUACUUUUGUGGAUUACAAUGUUGACGAGGAUGAAAUGGUACAGGAAGCCAUUGAACUUUCUCUGCAGGACAGAAACAUGAACUCGUAGACAAACUACCUCUUCCUGCUUUUCUGUCAAAUAGCAAUUAAUUCUAUGAUUACUGCUGUGUAGCAGUUUAGUUCACAAACUAUCCUGUGCUCUUUUUUGAUUCUUUAGGUAAAAACACUUGUAAUGGCAAUAAUAAUUCAACUCUUUGUAUCAUAAGUCUACCAUUUAUCAUCAAGUGUGGUACUCUAGGAUACAAUUGGGUUAGGUAACUCUAAGAUAUAUUAAACAUCAGAUUGAGGAUACAUUUUAUAACGCAGGAUCUCUUCAGUCUGAGAAUCAUUAUAGCACUUUAAUCAUGUUUAAAAAUAGAUAUUUGCAUUUUGAAUAAAUUCUAGCUACUGCCUUGUAAUGUGAUUUGUUUCUUGUUAGUUGUUUCAAGCUUUUUGAAAAAUUAAUAAAUCAUUAAUUAGAUUACAGAUAAA